AUGGGAAAUUUACAUAAAAUUGGAGGGUCACACAACAAAUCUGAUAUAAUUUUCGUAAUCUCUAUGUCAAAAUACAUAAUGAAAAAAAAAAAUAGAAUGAUGAAAAUAGAAGUUUCAAAAAUCCUUUUGCUUUUAUUCCUUACUGAUCAAUUCAACGGCGGUGAUAGUAAAGUGCACCAAAGGGUCACUUGCUCUAAAGGCACUGUUCUACACAGGUUCAACAAUUCCAAUCAGGAAACCUGUUGCCUGGAAGUUACUUGCUACGCAGGAACAGAAGCAGGGGUCUGCAAAGAGAAAAACAAACCAGCUGAAUGUAUACCAUGCGCUGAUGACCACCGACAAGACAGAAGCUGCCGCAGUAGCGACAGGCGCUGCAUUUGUGAAAAAGUUGAGAAAUCGGACCAUUUAGUUUUCCUGCUUGCGAUGGUUUUGUGGCUCCACAGUGUUAACCCAAUUGCUUUUGUCUCUAAAGAACUGAAGAGGUUGAAGAGGAAACUUGUUGACAUUGCAAGACUGAAAUUCGGAUCUGAAAAUUACAAAGUUACUGUAGUUACGGGUUAA